GGCGGCGGCGCUAGCACCACCUGCUGCUUCGACAGCGGCAGCGGCGACUGCGGCAGCGGCGACAGCGGCAGCGACUUUGCUGGCGCCGGCUACAGUGGAUGGGGCUUUGGGGAACCCGAGGCCCGGGGUUGGUGGCGCGAAGCCCGUGAAGCCUAGCGGGGAUAGAGUCAACAGCAGCAGCAGCAAUAUGGCUCCACAGGCGUCGGGGAAGGCAGGGUAUGCGACGGCAGCAGAAGCAACAGCAGCCGCUGCUGCAGCGGCAACAGCAGUCGCAGGGGAGAAGACCAUGCGCGCCCACAUCGCGGCCAUUCGGAGUGGCGCCGUACAAUUCUACAAGUCGAGUACUUCAGCCGCUGCUGCUUCUUCAACACCCCCCACCGCUGCUGCGGCUGCUGUCGAAGGCACGGGCAAGGGUACGGAAAAAGGGGAAGCUGUACGGCUGCCGUACGAUUGGUUCCGCCAAUGGACGAAACGCUGUCCUGCAUUGCACAAGACGCUAUCGGGGCUGCUGUUUUCGCGAGUGGGAUCUCCUGACAGGUAUAAACAAACAGCAGCAGCUGCAUCCGCAUCAUCAGCGACCACAGUACGGCCACCGGCUGCUGCAACUGCUGCCGUACCGCAUACUAGCGGUGGCGCCCACACAGAUCCCUACAGCAGUGGCAGUAGCAGCAGUGUCGUACGACUGCCGGUGCUGACUCAGCUCGGUCCCCGACUGUCCCCAGCUGCCACCCUGCUACAGCCCGUGUGGGUUUGGAUGCUGAGCUCCCGUCUGCCACCGGCCCAGCGCCGCGAAUGGCGGCUGCUGUUCAGCUCGCAGCGGGACGGCAAGUCCUUCAGCACCCUCUUCGGCCGCCUCUCCGCCUGCCCCGGACCCACGCUGCUGCUGCUGCGGGACGGGGCGGGCGGCAGCUGCGGGGGCUUUGCACCGCUUCCCUGGGUGCGCAGCGGAAGCUUCUACGGGGACGUGUCCUCCUUCAUUUUCUCGCUGGAACCCGCGACGCAGAUCUUCCCCGCCACCGGCAUCAACGACAACCUGCAGUGGUGCGGAGUGGGCUUCACGCAGCUGCCUGGGGGACUAGGCUUCGGGGGGG